CGUCAUUUGAUGAUUGGAAUAGCGCGUCACGUUGCAGCCGGGCGCCUGCUGCGGCAACCCCCAACAACCCUCACCUGUUUACCCGCGAGGCCUGCAUCAGGGAGAAGGCCUCCAAUUGAGGCCAAUGCGGCUGGGGCAGGAGGCCGCCUGGGUGGCGCGCAAAAGAAGAACAUUGGUGCAAGCAUUCUAUCUUCCGUCCUGAGCCUCUCUUCAGCGCCCUACAGCUCGUACGUGCCCGAGCCCAAGACAUUUUUGCACCACGCCAGCGCUGAGGCGAAGCAGCUAUGGACAGUAGCAGCGCUGGUCAUCAUGGCGCGCGCCGCGCUGCCUGUGCGCCUGGCCAUUGCGGGGCUGCUGGUGGCGGCUACGAUGGUGGCGUUGCCGCAGCGGCUGUGGCAGCCACAGCUGUUGCGGCUGGGCAGCCUGUGCGGCGUGCUCUUCCUCUUCACCCUCAUCGGCGGCGAAUUGGCCCCCGUACAGAGUAAUCGCUCCGUCGGCGUCAGCAUGGCAUCUGCCACCAGUGCUGCCGCUGUGGCUGGCGACCUGCCCGUCAGCAUGGCGCAGCUGGGCGCACCGCCAUACCGUUACGUGCUGCUGCACCUCGGGUGGAUCACCGUCACAAAGCGCAGCCUGAACCUGGCUCUGGCCUUUGCGGGCCUCACCUUUGCCGCGCUGCAGUCGGCCAGCCUGUGCCUGGUGACAACGCCACCAGAGGGGAUGGCGCGGGCGGUGGGCCGUGCCCUGGGCCCGCUGGGCGUGUUGGGCUUGCCCAUCAAAGAGCUGGUGCUGACCAUGUUGCUGGCGCUGCGGUUCAUGGCUACGGUGUUUGAGGAGUGCCGAAACUUGUGCCUAGGGCUGGCCAGUCGCGGUGUGGACUGGCGUCAACAGGGCCUGCGCGGCACGCUGGCCAUCUGUGUCGGCAUGGGCAGCAAGCUGUUCAUCAACUUGAUGGCGCGGUGCGACAACAUCGCGGUGGCUAUGGCGGCCCGCGGCUUCCGGGGCCCGCAGCAGCACGUGCUGUACCCCGCAGGAGCAAGCGAGGCGGCAGAGGCCCCAGCGGCAGUGCCGCGCGGCCUGCAGCUGCCAUCUGCAGCCGACGUUGGCAUCCUUGCAUGCCUUGCCCUGCUGUUCGCUGCCAGCUGCACCGUUAUCUAAACACGGGCUCCUCC